UGCAGAAUAAGGACCAGAACUUUACAGAGGUAAACUGUGUCUGUUCUUUUACUAUUACAGCAGUUCAUCGUGGCCCUGUCGUUCGCCUCCUUCACCAAAGCUCUGUCAAGGACCUACAUGAAGAGUGCCAUCACUCAGAGAGACACUUUGACCUGUCCAGCUCUCUCAUCGGACUCAUAGAAGGCAGCUUUGUGAUGGGUAACCUGCUGUUCCUGGCUGUGAUCAGCCAUUUUGGGGCGAAGCUGCACCGGCCCAGGCUCAUUGCUAUUGUCUGUUUCCUCAUGGCUGUAGGAUCCUUCCUCACAGGCCUGCCACACUUCUUCAUGGAACGGGCUAUCAGGAGAGCUACCCAAUCGCAGAGGGCCCUGGUGGCUUCAUCAGUGAUGCCAGACUUCUGCAGAUGCAGAGAGCUGAGAGAGAGGCCAUGGAAGCAAAGCAAAGAAAGAUAAGUGCUAUCCAUGAGAAUUAUGUCCGGACUGCUCUCAUCGGGGUUGGCAGCACCUUCGCGCACCACUUCGUCCCCUCUAUUCAGUGCAUUCCGCGGCCGAAAGCUCCACCGAGGCCUUUGCCGCGAAGGCUUGAACACAUAGCUCUGGCCCCACUGAAGAACGUGGUGGGGGUGGACGGAGCCCAAGGUCGACCCGGAUCUCACUCUCUGGAGUCCAACCAGGUAAAUAAAUCAUUCAGCAGCAGUAGCGUGUGGCCUGUUCCCGUCCCUCCCACUGGAGCUCCCUCCAAGAGGGGCAAGAAGAAGAAGGGCAGGCGGGGAGUCAAAGCCCUGAAAGUCCAGUCGGACCAGGGCUGUGCUGACAACAACGGACCCAUUGACCUGAUGGAGGAGGUGAGGGACAUCGAGGCUCACCUGAAGGAGGAGGCCUGGAAGGUGGUACAUGAGGUGAAGGCCAUGGGUAGGAGAAGUUUGAGCUCGGACAUGUCCAUGGGGGAAAUAGUCACCAGCUCUCUGGGAAGCCUGAGCUCAGUGGAUAUGAACACCCCUGCGGAGCUCCGUGACUACUUGGAUGUUGGGACCCCGGUAAAGGCGCGUGACAGCCCACCCAGGCCUGCUCCCCCUCCUACCAAGCCCAGGAGCAAACAGCCUCGGCCUAUAAGGUUCCUUAGCCUGCCAAAGGCUGCCACCGGCUCAGACAAGAUGGCAGCCAGUGAGCCAAAGGGCCAAAUUAGGAACCAGGCCAGAUUGCAGCCCCUGUCCAACCCAGAGCAGGCCCUGACUAAGACCUUCAAGCUGCUCCACUCUGCCUCUGAUGACUGGGAGAAGAAGAUUGAGGGCUUGACCUCUCUCCGUGUGAUGGCUCAGAACCACAUGGACAUACUGAUGCCUAAACUCCAUGAUAUCUGCCAUGCCAUUAUAAAUGAGGUGAAGAACCUGCGCUCUGCAGUGUCCUGUGCUGCCAUGGCCACACUGGGUGACAUGUACGUCCACCUCCAGAGGGCCAUGGACAGUGAGGUGGAGGGGACGGCACGCGUGCUGCUCCACAAAGCCAGCGAGGCCAACACCUUCAUCCGGCACGGCGCCAACUUUGCCCUGGGUCACAUGGUGCAGAGCUGCACCCCUACCCGUGUCAUGAAUGCCCUGCUGGUCGGUGGGCUGAGCCACCGUAACGCUGCUGUGAGGAGCUGCACUGCUCAGCACCUGGAGAGACUGGCUGAGGUCAUGGGGACGGCUCGUCUCCUGUCGGGGAAGAAAGGCCUCACUGACCGUUUCUUGAUUGCCGUCAGUAAAUUGGCUGUGGACCCUGCACAGGAAGUCAGGCAUCAUGGUCGCAAUAUCUUGAGAAACGUGGCCACCAAUGGCCACUUUGCUAAAAUGUGGGACAAAUUCGCUCUAAGGAAAGAGAGAGAAUCCUUGAGGGAGGUCAUCUCAAAGGUUAACCUCAAAGAAAGGAAUAUCUGAAUAUUUCCCAACUUGACUAUUAUCCCCCCCAGUCCACAAACUCCAAUAUUUUAGUUCAUUCUAAGACAUUUGACACUAUCAUCCAAACCCCCAUGUAAAUGUAUCUUUAAACUGCAUUGACUCCUUGUCCAAGUCCUGAAUCCAAUAUAAGGCCAUAUGAACCACAUUCAAAGCACUAAAUUACCUUUCCUCAAGCUCCUAUCUGAUCUGCCAGCCCAAUAGUGGUCGACUGAAACCAUACUCACCAUCUCAGGGGUGCUCAGAUCAUCAACCACUGACCUCCACACCAUCCUCAAAACCAGCAGUCCUCUUUUGAGGCAGAUUGGUCAGUGCUCCUGUAUGGCACCAACAUUGUGGAUUUUCAUCCAAUACUUCCGGACUAUGAGAACAUUCUUUGGACAAUAAAAUUAGGUAAAAUGGAAGCUGGCUACAGUCUCAGUUUUAUCCUCCAAGACAGUGUGAGGAUGUGUAACAACAAUACCUGUGGUUUAACUUGAUCAGGGCCAGUUUACCGAAUGGGCACGCAGGGCACCUGCCUGUGGGCCCCGACCUCCAGGAAAUAUCAUCAUAACAUCCAAAACUAAAAGUAUAGUGGAUGUAUAUUAUGGUACGUGGACGUUUUACAAUUCGUGAGCUCGUUUCAUAGUUUGUAGCCAUGUUUUAUAUACAUUUGCAUAUUUUGUAGAAAUUCCUGAGCAUUUAAACAUUUUUAGUGGGGAUGUUGUAUAUCAAUUUUCUUACUGGUGCUCUUCCAUGCCGUCCUUGGGAGGGGUGCGUCACUUGAGUAGGUUGAGUCACUGACGUGAUCUUCCUGUCUGGGUUGGCGCGCCCCCUUGGGUUGUGCCGUGGCGGAGAUCUUUGUGGGCUAUACUCAACCUUGUCUCAGGAUGAUAAGUUGGUGGUUGAAGAUAUCCCUUUAGUGGUGUGGGGGCUGUGCUUUGGCAAAGUGGGUCGGGUUAUAUCCUUAAAACG